GCUCGAUGAGGCUGGGGCCGGGAGGGAAGAUCUUGCCCCGCUCGUCCUUGCCGUGCACUCUCUGCACUGCUGCCCGAUGAGAUGGAAGGUCGACAGUAGGGCUGUCACGGACGGCUCGGCUCGGUCCAGUGGAUUUGAUGGCCGCAGAUGCGGUGGCACGCCUCGCUUGCACACAGCACCCGGCCCUGCUGGUAGUCACGCACCUCGUCUCGUCCUGGUUGCUUGGUGGGCUCUUGAGUGUGGGUGCUUGUGAGAAGGCUCGCCAUGCGUCUUGCGGUAUGCCGCUGUCGCUGUCGCUUCGCUGAAGGUUGCUCGUCGUCGGGUGGCGAGUCGCCGUCGUCCGCUCCCCGCUUGCGCUUCCUGUCGGCUUCUUGAUGCACACUGACGCGAAAGGCGCUCUUCUCGGGCUUGUACAUGUACUUGUAUCUGCGGCGCAGCGAGGAGCCAAACACAACCACAUUUGUGCGUGGGCGAUUUCUUGCUGCUUCAUCCAUUUUCCUUUUGGCUGCUUACAGGUAAGCGAUGACGUUGGUCGAUGCAGCACAGUCCACAUAGAGGUGACAAUUGAACUCUGCCAGCAGCUGCGGGCAGUAGGGUGCCACCCAACGGUCUUCCUCUUGUCUGCGGCGAUAGAUGCAGUGGCCGCGGGCGUCGAACUGCGUCUCGGCGCUGAGCGGCUGUGGGAACCCAUACUUGCAACGCUCCACAACGGGCUCGUGAGCCCUCAAGCAGCGGUGAUACUCCUUCAGGCUGUCCUCGUCUCGGCACCGAGCGCUGCACUUGUGGAUCAUGAACGUCUCCACGAGCUUGCGGAGCCGUCGAUUGUGUCUGGGGACCUCCGCACACACGAACAGGUCGACGUCUGGUCCGGUCAGUGGGUGACGAUCAUGGCGAACGGUGAUGUGGGCGUGGCUAAGACCGCGCUUCUGGUACUCGAUGACGGACAUCAGGUACACCGACUUGCCCAAUGGGCCAUUGCGUAGGCGUUUGAGCAGGGCACGUAGCUUCAGAUGGAACACACGGCUGGUCAGGUCAGGGCGGUCGUACGCGUUCUGCCCUGCAAACACGAGCGAAAGCACAGCCACCCAGAACGCACAACGACAUGCUAGACUGCUGUGCUGCUCGGCUCGUUGACUGUGUUUCUCACCUUGCUCCAGAUUUUCAUGAAUUUCUUUCCAGCUUCCAUUGCAGGUAAUUGUGAUGAACCAUGAGGGCUUGCCAUACUGCGCCACGAUAGCAAACGCGUCUUGACACAGCUUUUUGUAGUAGCGCUCUGACCCGAGGAAACUGCUUGGAAGCAGAACAAAGCCAGCCUUGGCGUGAUCCUCCAUGUCCUCAUUCUCCGCGAGAAGCUGCUGGUACUCGGGGUCUUCCUCUCGCUGUAGCUCACUCAGCUUAAGCAGGCGAAGCUGGUUGUUGCGGAUGAAGUUGAGUCGCUCGUCUUCGAUACGCGAGAACAUAUCGAGCGUGUACCCCUGCCCAAGCCGAGGCAUGGUGUGCAGCAGCGGCUCCUUGAGUAGCCGCUGGCGCAUGUACUUUAGCUGUGUCCAGAAUCGCUCGCAACGUCUCGCGGUGCCCUCUAAGACGUCUGGCUCGUGCCACGCGCGAGUGUAGAACCGCCGAUCGAUCAUGUUCUUGAUGUAAGUGCUCUCAGCAAACAGAUGGAAGUUGCCCCUGCCACACACACAACAACACACAUACAUGCAGCGCCACUUACAGCGAAUGCCCUGUCAGCGACACGCACCUGGAUUCGAUGGGCAUGGACGGAUACCAGCCAGGCGUCCCUUGAGCAAAGAGCAGGGGAUACUGCAACGGCUCGUAGACCGGCGAUAGCACGUCCACGAACUCUGUCGACUCGCCUCUACGUGUCGACUUCUUGAGCGAGAUGCACACCUUGCGCUGCUGUGGAAGAUAGGCGGAGCUCGAACACGGCAGGACCAAGCACACGUCGUCGGCCUCUUCUUUGAACUUGAACUCGAGAAUUAUGUCCUUUCUCCCGUGUUCGACCAGCCGCCCGAAGGCGCGCAAGUCACGGACGAAGGGGUUGUUUUCGCGAAGGAUUUCCUGACCAACAAAUAGAUACAGCCAUGAAUGCCGCAGUUCCUUAUGCUAUUCGGUGUGUCGUUUGCUUACUUUCAGCUCUGUAACGAGGUACUCGUAAGCUUGCCGUUCCCUGUCGUGCGCUGCUGCGCUGCCCGUCUCCUUGCACAUCUGGUCGACGCGCUUUUUGAGCUCCGUCUCAGCUGCCUUGUUGUCAAACAUCAGCCACACAAUCGGGUUGUCCUCUGCAGAGAUGAUGCGAUGGUACACACGACCAUGAAUCCUCACGUUGCCCCAGUCUUGUGGAAGGGAUGCGGCGAGGUCUGAACUGGUAUCGUAGCCGAUAGCUGUCAUGGCAAAGGUGUUGUUGAGAUAAAGCGACUUUGCACGCAGCUCCUUGCCGUAGCGUGACGCAAGCAGGCUACGCAGCUCAUCAGGCACGGAAAGGUUGUCCAGCACUGUCUUGCCCUGCUGGCAGCAAAACGAUCCACCUUCGCCCUCCCACACGAGAGCGUCGCAGUAGUCACAGGCGGUGCGCUUCGGCAACACGUGCUCGUCAGGCAGUUCGACGGUCGGGUCCAGCAAGGGUUGGUCACACGCACCGCUCUCUGUACACAGUAAGCGUCACCCUUGUCUCUCUUCGCUCUCUCUUCGCUCUCCUGUGUCUGUCUGCAUGUGUCGUGUCUCUCUCAGGUCACCUGGAAAAUGAAGACACAGUAGCUCUCAAAACCGUCCUGCUCGCUGGAACGCCGCCUUCACCUCCUUGCGCGUCGCUCGCUCGAUGCGGAAGCCCUCCAUGACUGGUCUGCCCGUUGCCUCUUUGGGUCGCACGUGCACCUCGAAGCAGCCCCGCCCCGCGCCGUUGAAGUUCACUCUCAUCCAGCAGAGCUUCCGAUUCACGCCCUGUGACCGCUCGUGCUCUCGCAGCAGCUCGUGCGCGAAGCGACUGACGCCAUUGCGCGUGAGCAGCGGCUCUCGUGUUGUCUCGUCCUCGCCGCUUGCCUGCUCCGUCUUGGCAGGCUGUUUGUCCUCCUCCGUCACCACGAAACACUCCAGCUCAGCGUCAGCUUCGCAGCGCUCUCGGAUUCUCUCAAAGGCACUCGUGAUAUCGUCCUGCGUGAGUUUGCGUGGCUUGCUGCAGCGCGUCUGCCUCCUCCCCUCAAACUUCGCUCGGAAUAGUGCAGACUCCCAGCUCCACCGAAUGCGGGGAGGCGGGUCGAUUCGACACACGUGGCCAUAUGCAUCAAUCAGCGAAUUUGCAUGCGCUUUCGCCUCUGCGAAAAGCAAACAGACAGAUCAUUUGCAAUUCGCCCAACGCAACACAGAGACAUACAUACAUACGUACCUUCCUCACUCAGAUAACAGACCCUUUUUGUUUCGGGCUCUGCAUCAUUCUCGAAACACGCUCGGAGAGGUCGGGACACAGUGAGCGGUGCGAAGCGUCCAGUGGAUCUUCCUCGCUUUUUCCCUUUCCGUGCUCCCUUUCUCGCGCCCACAUCAGGAUCCCCACUGCCGUGCUCUUCCGUCUGAGCUUGUGUCUUUUCUCCAUUCCCUGUCGGUUCACCCAUCGUCGCAUCGUGUGGUGCUCCUGCCGAUAGCACUGUGUCCCUCACGUCAGCGACGAUAGCACUCAGCCGCACCACCACCCGCCGCUCGACGUCCUGCCGCCCACCCAGCCACCCCCACACCUCGCCAGGCACAGUGAGGUGUCGAAUCUCCCCGACAGACAUCAGCAGCAGCGCCUCUCUCAGCCAGUCCGACAGCGUGUCAUCAUUGACUGCACACGUCACGUCACCAUAGCCUGUCGUGUGGCCGUGGUUGGUGCUAAGGUCGUCCCAGAAAGUGACCGAGAACGUGACCCGAGCGUCAGCGGUGGGGCGACGGCCGUCCCCAUCACACACAAUCUGGUGGCGCACAGCAAGUGGGGUCACCACUAUCGCUUGUCUGAGGGAUGCCUGCCCCUCAGAGACACGCCGUCGCCGGCGAGCCGGCUCUCCACUGCGGUCCCGA